AUGGCCGCCGCUGCCCCGGAGGAACCACCACAGCCAGUCCAACGUAUCAUCGACCUGACCAAGGACAUUGAAGGCGAUAAGCUCGACCUCAAAAAGUUCAUCUCCAACAUUCUGCGCUAUAUCGACGAGUACACGUCGGACCCGCCCAGCUUUCCGACGUACAAAAAUACGGCGGCGGUCCUGCAAGUUAUACACGCAGCCCGAGAAGUCAUUGUCCGCGAGCCAGGGGUGGUUGCAGUCAAGAGCCCGGUUGCGGUUUGCGGUCCGUUGAUGGGCCAUGGCGACUCGUUGAUCCAGUGCUUCGCCAACGUCGGCCGCCCCUGCAAGAUGAAGUACAUCUUCCUCGGCAACUAUGCGGGAAGCGGCGCCCACCCCCACGAGGUCCUACUGUUGAUGUUGGCCCUCAAAGCGCUGUACCCGGACCGUGUCAUUGCCCUCAAAGGCCAUAUGGAAGAUCCGCCGGUGCUCGAGGCAAUCAUGUUCAUCGAGGGGAUGAAGAUGCGCGAUCUGGUGCCGCUCGACAACUCGCCGCGCCCCGUCUGGCAGGCGAUCAAGGAAUGCGUCUGCAUGCUGCCCCUCGCCGCCACGAUCAACGACACGGUGCUGUGCGUGUCGGGCGGCAUCGGGCCGCUUCUGUGCAAGGAAGGCCUGCAGCAGCUCGGCCCUCUUCAGCGCCCUCACAAUCCGAGUGUGCCGACUGACCGGCUUCGCGUCAUGGAGGUCAUCUGGGGCGUCAUGCGCCUUCGACACCGCCCAACGCGCCCGAAUUGGCCGCAUUUCUCGCCCAACGACGUCGAAGAGUUCUGCAAUAAGCACGGCAUCAAAUUCAUCGUGCGCGGCCGCCAGUUUGUGGCAAAUGGUUUCCUGAACAAUCCCCGCCAACUGGUCACGCUGUCGUCGGCUGAGAACUACUUGGCGCUGCUCGAGAACCAGUCGGCCGUGUUGAUCUUUGGUAAAGAUCCGUUGAAGGUGAUCGCACGACGGUGGGCCCCGAUCAACCGCGAGCCCGACAGCCUCGACGACAACAAGGCCCCGCAGGGCACCAACCAACUGCCCACCUCGCCCCCAGACUGGCCGAACGCGAAAAAGAAA